AUGGAACUUCUGCAGUUGGACAGCGAUCUUGACAACCGUUGGUCAACAACCGGGGUGGUUGUAGUUGACGUAAAUGCAAACGGUCCAGCAAACCAAGCCAACCUUGAGAAAGGCGAACUAAUCUCCUAUGUGAUUGGCGAACGAACAAUUCGCAGUACAGGGGACUAUAAACAAGCGGUCAAGAGUGCAAUGAAAGAGGACAACAACUUUAUCCUCAAGCUGACAGAUGGUCGAGAAAUCCGGUUGGCUGUCCGAAGAAGUGGCGAUAAAGCUGGCUUGGAAGUUGAUGGGGCACGCGUUAGCAAAGUGACUUCGGGAAGUCCCGCCGACACAGGCAACAUCAAAGUGGGUGACACGAUCCAAAGCGUAAUUGAUGAGCGAAAUGUUCAAACCAUUAAAGACUAUAAGAAAGCACUCGACGAAUUUGCAAAGUAUGAUUCUAAGGUUACAUUCCGCACAAUUGAAUUAGUUGGUAUUAAGAUUGGCACCGUCAAUACGCUCGGUAACUUGGGAGAUGUACGUGCUGUCCAGCCGUUGACCGCGUUUCUAGAGAACGAAGGCAGUACCUUGCGUCAACCGGCUGCCCAAGCCUUAGAACGUCUCGUUGCCUUGAGUCAAUUGAAUACUCUCUUUCAGCAAUUUCAGCAAGCCAACGUUGAUGAGUUACCCGCCGAUCAGCUGAACCCGCGGCAGCGUGAAUCCGCCGAAAUCUUGGGGCUGCUCACGAGCGAUCUUGAGAACAACCGCGUUACCCUCAACGAUCCAUUCGGCACACAAUUUCGGCAUCGCUCCGAAGCUUUAUACCAGAAGAUAACCGAUGGACAGAUGGUAGAAUUGGGGCAGAAAAAUAUCAAGCGUGAGGUUGAGCCGAAUCAGGAGAUUCGACGGGCUUGUAUCUCCAUUUUGGGACAUCUCAAACCGACCUCCGCUAUUGAAGAUCUGAUUACCGUGAUGGAAGAUAGCAUGGAGGUUCCCGGCAUCCGCUUCAAGGCGGGGCUUGCGCUGAGUCAGAUUGGCGAAGACUCCGUUGAUGCACUCAUUGCUGCCUUUGACCGUGGUAAUGCGAGCGUUAAAGAUAUCGCCGCCUCGGCACUCGGCAACAUCGGUGGGAACAAGGCACGGAACAUGUUAAUCAACGCUCUCAAAACGACAGACAACCCAACAAUUAAAUUGACUGUCGCUGAUGCCGUUGCCAAAGUUGGUCGUUCCCCUUCAAUUGAGGCACUUCGUCUUCAAAGGGAGGGACUUCCAGAAGGAAACGGUUUAAGGACAUUUCUCGACGAGCUGCAGGUAUUGCUGUUUAAUGUUGAGUUAAAGUACCAAACUCAUCUGAACAGUGAAAAUAUCUCAGCAGAGUUACGACAAGAGUUUAAAAAUAACAAAAUCCCGCUUUCUCAAAAUGCUAUCCUUUCGAUUCAAAAGAAAGAUAGCGAGUGGUGGAUAGAUGAUAAAGAUAAUAAACGAAUGUACAUUGUCCGUAAAGAAGCCCGCAAAGAAGAGGGUAGGCUCAACAUCUAUGAACCGCUUGAUGCACAAUCAGUAUCGUAUUCGGUCUCAAACUGA